GCGUCACCACGUUCACAACGUCCGUCGGCUCUGCAGCGCUCUCGAAAGCUCAGCACAAAAAUAAAAUAAAUAGCCAAAAAAAACAAAAUUAAAUUUCAAACUGGCAUAUUGCAACGCCGCGUCCGUAUAAAAAGUAAAGCAUAUUUAUAUAAGUUUUUGCAAGUUGUGAAAUUGAUCGCGCGAUUGUUCAAAAAUAAAAAACCUUGACUUGUUGUACGGAUAUAUCGAAAAUGCUGGAAACCGAGGUGCUGCAACAACCCAAGCUCGACGGACCCGCCUCGAGCACCUCAGACUAUGACUUCCCCUACACUUGCGGCCUGAGUGCCGAGAUGAAAAAGGUGGCCAAGGAGGAACUGCACGAGGAUGAGAACAUUAGACGACAGGCGUUGGCACAGUUCCGCGAAUGGAUCGCCAAGCAUCCGAAUAUCAAAAAGUGCCGCACCGAUGCCGUUUUCCUGCUGCGCUUUUUGCGCACCAAGAAGUUCUCGGUGCCCGCCGCUUGUGAGAUGCUGGAACGUUAUCUGACCAUUCGCCAACUGUUUCCGCAGUGGUUCCAGCAACUGGACAUCAAUGAUCCGGCCAUCAAUGAGAUCUUUGAGGCGGGAUACUUGGUGCCGUUGCCACAACGCGAUGCCAGCGGUCGGCAGAUACUUUUCUCGGUGGCGGGCAAAUUCGAUCCCUACAAGUUCACGUCGGUGCAGAUGGCCCGAGUGCACAGCUUGAUCUGUGAGGCAUUGCUGGACGAUGAGGACUCCCAGGUGGCUGGCUAUGUGUAUGUGAACGAUGAGAGCGGCAUGAAUAUGGGAUUUGUCAGUCUGUGGUCGCUCACCGAUUUGCGCAGCAUUCUCAAGUGCAUUCAGAACUCGACGCCCAUGCGACACAAGCAGACGCACUUUGUCAACAUUCCUCACUAUGCCAACCGCAUUAUUGAGCUGGGUGUCUCCAUGCUCAGCGACAAGCUAAAGAAGCGCAUCAUUGUGCACAAAAAUGUGGAGGCGCUGAAGACAAAGAUCGAUCCCGCCAUUCUGCCCAAGGAAUAUGGCGGCACCAUGCCCAUUGCUGAGAUGAUACGCGAAUUUAAGGUGAAGCUGCAACAGCGUCGUGCGGCGAUUCUCGCCUUGGAUGACAUGCAGAUCGAGAUCACCAAGGAGGCGGCCAACUUUGCGGGCAAUGACAUUGGCGACAUCGAUGCUGGCGUCGUGGGUAGCUUUAGGAAACUGGAGGUGGAUUAGUGUCCUC